AUGUGCGGCACCACAUCACCGCAGUUUGCUGUGAGGCCAGGCGGGCGCUUGUGCUCCCUGCUGGAACAGUACGCCGGCCUUCAGGAUGCCGGCCUUCAGGACGCCGGCCUUCAGGACGCCGGCCUUCAGUACGCCGGCCUUUGCAGCAGCAUGAGAAGACCUGCACCAGAUUUGCCCGUGGGUGUGCGGUGUUUAGUGUGCUGCGAGUUCUUUCAGAGGAUGCAAGGCGAGCUCCUCCUGUCCUGCACACCCGCGUCUCGCAGUGGCCUGUGGAUCCUCGUGCAUGGAGUUCUGACUUCUGUCGCCGCCUUGGAGCCGGACUACCCCCAUGGCUGUGCGCAUGGCAGCUGCUACCCUGCAACGGGAGACCUGCUGGUGGGACGGGAGAAGAACCUGAAGGCCUCAUCCACCUGCGGCUUAAGGAGGAGAGAGCCAUAUUGCAUCGUCAGCCAUCUGCAGGAUGAGAAGAAGUGUUUCCACUGUGACUCCCGCCGGCCGUAUGACCCCGUGUACAACACCAUGAAUCACCGCAUAGAGAACGUCAUCACCACGUUCAAGCCCCACCGCAAGAAGUCCUGGUGGCAGUCGGAAAAUGGAAAGUCGGAUGUCUUCAUCCAGCUGGAUCUGGAAGCAGAAUUCCAUUUCACUCACCUGAUUAUGACCUUCAAGACAUUCCGUCCAGCUGCCUUGCUCAUCGAGAGGUCAGCUGAUUUUGGCCGAACCUGGCAGGUGUACCGCUACUUUGCCUACGACUGCACCAAGUCCUUCCCUGGAGUCUCCCAGGAGCCUUUGCAUCAUGUUGAUGAUGUCAUCUGUGAGUCACGCUACUCCGACAUUGAGCCGUCCACGGAGGGGGAGGUCAUCUACAGAGUGUUGGACCCGGCUAUCAGGAUUGAAGACCCCUACAGCCCUAGCAUCCAGAAUCAGCUGAAGAUCACCAACCUGCGCGUGAACUUCACUGAUCUGCACACGCUGGGCGACGACCUGCUGGACUCCAGACUUGAAAUCAAAGAGAAGUAUUACUACGCCAUGUACGAGCUCAUCGUCCGCGGCAACUGCUUUUGCUAUGGCCACGCCUCCAAGUGCGCUCCCAUCGAUGGGAUCAGGGACGACAUAGACGGAAUGGUCCAUGGUAGGUGUGUGUGUAACCACAACACCAAGGGUCUGAACUGUGAGCAGUGUGAUGACUUCCACAACGACCUGCCGUGGAGGCCCGCUGAGGGACGCAACAACGCCUGCAAGAAGUGUAACUGUAACGGCCACUCCAGCCAGUGUCACUUUGACAUGGCGGUGUACCUGGCCACAGGCAACGCCAGUGGAGGAGUGUGUGACGACUGUCUCCACAACACAAUGGGACGCAACUGUGAGAUGUGCAAACCUUUCUACUACAAGGACCACACCAAGGAUGUCAGGGAUCCACGAGUCUGCAUUGCUUGUGACUGCGACCCAGACGGUUCUCAAAAUGGAGGGAUGUGUGACGGCCACACUGACCCGUCCCUCGGCAUGUUGGGCGGCCAGUGCCGGUGCAAAGCCAACGUGGAGGGCCCGCGCUGUGACAAAUGUAAAACCGGCUUCUUCGGCCUGAGCACUGACAACCCUCAAGGCUGCCAACCUUGCCGGUGUGACCACAGGGGCACGGUGUCGGGUAGCUCCCAGUGUGACCCAGUCAGCGGAGACUGCUUCUGCAAGCGUCUGGUCACCGGACGCAGCUGUGACCAGUGUCUGCCGGAGCACUGGGCCCUGAGCCAUGACCUCAACGGCUGCCGGGGCUGUGACUGUGACGUUGGGGGGGCCCUCGACAACCACUGCUCCAUGGAGAGCGGGCAGUGCCGCUGCCAUAGUCACAUGACAGGCCGUCAGUGUACCCAGGUGGAGUCUGGGUAUUUCUUCAUGGCUCUGGACCACUACCUUUACGAAGCUGAGCUGGCUAAGAUGGGACAGGGCUGCACAGUAGAGACGAGAGAGCACCAGCCAGGCCGCCCUGCUACAUGGACAGGCAUCGGGUUUGCCCAGGCACCCGAGGGGGGCACCUUGGAGUUUGUCAUCAGUGACAUCCCCUACUCCAUGGAAUAUGACCUGCUCAUUCGCUACGAGUCACAGAUACCCAGAGACUGGGAAGAAGUGCGUGUCACAGUGAUCCGUCCAGGGCCCAUCCCCACCAGCAGCCCCUGUGGGAACACCAUCCCCGCUGAUGAUAGACUCACUGUCUCCCUGCCUGCUGGGUCCAGGUUUAUGGUCCUUUCUCAGCCUGUGUGCCUGGAGAGGGGCGUGACUUACACCCUCCGCUUUGAGUUUACUCGCUAUAUGGAUGCCAACAGUAUCCUCAACGGAGGUGCAGAUGCCGUCGUACUCGUAGACUCUAUUGCCUUGCUCCCCCGCUACACUUCCCUGGAGAUGUUCAAUGCGGGGGAUCCCGCCUCCAACGUCAGGAAGCAGACCUAUGAGCGGUACCGCUGCCACGAGGGCGCCAAAAGUGUGAGCCGCCCGCUCAUGAGCGACACCUGUGCCAAGCUCAUCACCAGCAUGUCGGCCAUCAUCAACGACGGGGCUCUGCCUUGUAAUUGCGACCCUCAGGGUUCCAUCAGUUCUGUGUGUGAUGUCCGUGGUGGUCAGUGUCACUGCAAGCCCAACGUGAUCGGGCGAAGGUGUGACCAGUGUGCUCCAGGAACCUAUGGUUUUGGGCCUUCCGGAUGUAUAGCAUGCGGAUGCAGCCUGGAAGGAUCUGUAAUGCGGCUCUGUGACAAGUUGACGGGUCAGUGCCAGUGCCGGCCGGGUGCAUAUGGCCAGCACUGCGAUGGGUGCCAGGCGGGCCACUGGGGCUUCCCCAACUGCCGGCCCUGCCAGUGCAACGGGCACGCCGAGGAGUGCAACCAGAGAACCGGGACCUGCAUCAGCUGCAGGGACCACAGUGGAGGAGACAAGUGUGACAGGUGUGCCAACGGUUACUAUGGUAACCCUGUUCUGGGUUCCAGAAACCAGUGUCGUCCAUGCCCCUGCCCAGACGGGCCCAACAGUGGACGCCACUUUGCUGCGUCUUGUUACCAAGACAACCGUAGCAGACAGAUAAUCUGUAACUGUAACCAGGGUUACACGGGAGCCAGAUGUGAUGAAUGUGCCCCGGGUUACUAUGGCAACCCCACCCAGCCGGGCGGCCGCUGCCAGCCCUGCCAGUGCAGUAACAACAUUGACAUGUCAGACAUGGACGCUUGCGACAGGCGUAUUGGAGUGUGCAGGAAAUGUCUCUAUAACACAGAGGGGCCCAGCUGUGGUAUCUGCAAGAGUGGCUAUUACGGAGAUGCGACCAGGCGCAACUGUAGAAAGUGUACGUGUAACUACCUGGGCACUGACCAGAGCCAAUGCAUGGAACGUGAUGAGUGUGUGUGCCAGCGCGCCACUGGCCAGUGUCAGUGUCUGCCAAAUGUCAGCGGCCUGACGUGUGACCACUGUGCCCCCAGCCACUGGAACCUGGCUAGCGGGCGGGGCUGUCAACCCUGCGGCUGUGACCCCAACAACUCAGUCACCUCCUCCUGUAAUGAGUUCACCGGCCAAUGUCAGUGUCGCGAUGGCUUUGGAGGAAACACGUGUACAGACUGCCAGGAGAACUACUGGGGAGAUCCCAGGACACAAUGCAGAGCCUGCGACUGUGACUGGCGCGGCAUUGAGACAUCCCAGUGCAACCGAGUGACUGGCCACUGUGUUUGCCGGCAGGGCGUGUCAGGGGUCCGUUGUGACCAGUGUGCCAGAGGCUUUUCUGGCCAGUUCCCCCACUGCCAGCCCUGUCAUCAGUGCUUUGGUGACUGGGAUCGUAUUGUCCAGGACCUGGCGGUGCGUACCAAGGCUCUUGCUGAGCGCGGCCAUGAGAUCCAGACCACGGGGCUAACUGGGGCUUAUGAAAAGGCCUUCCGGGUCCUAGAAGAGAAACUGGCGCAGGCCCGGGGAAUUGUUGACGCCCGCAACGCCACUGCCGCAGCCGUCACCACCUUGAUGGAGCUUAUCGAAGACCUUAGGGCUCGCAUUGGAGAGACCACCGAUACCCUUAACCGUCUGGAGGGAGACCUGACCAUUGUCCAGGACACUAACUCUGAGGCCAGCAAGGAGCUGAGUGAGCUGGAAAGAGAGGCCAAAGAACUCAACCUCACCUCAGAGCACCUACACAGACACCUUGACAUCCUCAAGAACUCCAACUUCCUGGGUGCGUAUGACAGCAUACGUAGCUCCUAUAACAAGUCCCGUGAUGCGGAGCGGCGGGCCAAUGAAUCGACAACGACCAGGCCCAGCACGGUCAGCCAGUCGGCUGACAUGCGCCGUCGCACCGAGCGUCUCAUCUCUGCCAAGAAGGAUGACUUCAACCGCAAGAACGCCGCCAACAAGCGCGCUCUUGGUGACCUCAACAGCAGAGUACAGGACCUGGACAUGAGGAAGAUCAACGAGAAGGUGUGUGGGGCCCCUGGUGACGCACCCUGCGGGGAGGGCCGUUGUGGAGGAGCUGGUUGCCGUGAUGAUGAAGGGAAUCGCCACUGCGGGGGGUUGAACUGUAAUGGCGCCGUAGCGGUGGCUGACCAUGCCUUAGAGAAAGCCAAACAUGCAGAGAAGGAGCUGAACAAAGCCUUGGGAGAAGUGGAGGGUCUCUUCACGAAGGUAGCGGAGGCUAAGACCAAGGCUGAGGAGGCUAAGGAUAAAGCCAAGGCAGCGCUGGACAAAGCCACAGCCACCAAGAACAAGGUGGAGCGCUCCAACAAUGAGCUGAGGGACCUCAUCAACCAGAUCAGGGACUUCCUCACACAAGAGGGGGCAGAUCCAGACAGUAUCGAGGCGGUGGCCAACCGGGUGCUGGAGCUCUCCAUCCCUGCUUCGCCCCAGCAGAUCAGACACCUGGCCGAAGAAAUCAAAGACAGAGUUCGCAGCCUCUCCAACGUGGACGCCAUCUUGAAACAGACGCAGAGCGAUGUCCAGAAAGCAGAACAGCUGCUGCUGGACGCCAAGAGAGCCAGGCACCGGGCGGAGGGAGUUAGGACCACGGCAGAAACGGUGACACAGGCCCUGGCAGAUGCCAAGACAGCCCAAGUCUCAGCCGAGAAGGCCAUCGCCAGAGCCAAGGCCGACAUUGGGGACACCGAGACACGGCUCGCACAGAUUGAGUCGGAGACAUCGAACAGUGAGAAGGACCUGAAUGACGCCAUGGACCGCCUGGGCACUCUCGGACGGCACAUCGAUGCCCUGAAGACCAAACGUGCCAACAACAGCAUGGCAGCUGCCCGAGCAGAGGAAACGGCAACCAUGGCGCGAGACAAAGCCAAUGAGGCUAAGCAGAUCCUGGAUGGCCAGCUGACUGAUAAGUAUAAUGAGGUGCAGCAGCGGGUGGACUCUAAGGCCAAAGCAGUGCAGGAUGCCAAGAAGAGGGCUGAGAGCCUCAGAGAUGAGGCUAAGGAGCUACUUAGAGAUGCCCAGAACAAGCUGAAGAGAUUAGCAGAGCUGGAGAAGGACUACGAGGAGAACCAGAGGAGGCUGGAAGGGAAGGCCCGUCAGCUGGAUGGCCUGGAGGACAGGAUGAAGGCCAUCCUCAAUGACAUCAACAAACAGAUCCAGAUCUACAACACCUGCCAGUAGUCUCAUCUGCAGAGUCCCAGAGAAACAUGACCGUCAGUUGUGCUCUGCAGUUUUAGUUAUAAAGUCUUUGCUCUGGUAACAGCUCACAUUGGGCAUUUCAAAACUGAAAAGAAAAGAAAAAGGAAGGAAAAAAGGUGUGCUUGAUUUAUAUUUUCUUCCAGAUUAUGGGGGUCAUUUCCUAGGGAUAUGUGAAACGUCUGUCAAGUUAGGCGAAAUGUGUCUUUAGCUACGUCAAAUGCUUAAAACUAUUUUCAUAUAAGGAAACAAG